AUGUCCCUUGUGAACAAGCCAAAUGUGAUUUUCCAGUCCGAGACAUCAGCUAUUCACAAGUUUCACUCAAAUUGCACGUCGGCUUAUAAAUCAAUCCUCAGUUGCUUUGUGAAGCCAGUACUCCUUAAAGGUGAUGUGGCAGUUGCUGCGAAAUUUCCUCAAGUCAUUUCCACAGAAAAGCUUCAGAUUCUUGACCAAGAAUGGAGAGAACUGGGUUUUGAUGAAGAAAUAUCAGAAUUAGCUGACAAAUGUGCCACAUCGCCUACUGAAGAGUUUUGGGCCAACGUAGCGCUGAAUGAGAAGUACCGUAUCCUAGGAAAAUUUGCGAAGGCAAUGCUGUGCUUACCUGUCAGCAAUGCUGAUUGCGAGCGGGUAUUUUCUAAGUUGAAGUUGAUUAAAACGAAACAAAGAAACCGCUUUUCAACUGAAGGAGUGGCAUCGCUCAUUUUUGUUAAGGAUGGAAUUAAGCAUAUGGCAGGGUCUUGCGAAAACUUUGAACCCACUAAAGAGAUGCUUGAUCGGUGCAAUAAAGAGAUGUAUACCAAUGUCGAGGCUAUCUAUGGAGACGCUGCUUUGGCUGCAAAUGAGUCCGAAGAUGAUGAUGUAUAA